AUGAAUAAUGGAAAAUCAAUAACAAAUGCAUCUACAGUUCCAGAAAGUGCAGAAGGUCGUCGACGUGUCAAUAUUCAACAGGUACAAAAUGUUCUUAUAAUCUGGUUAGAUAGUAACAUUGACGAAACAAUAGAUGAUUGUCAAAAUACAAUCACAAAAUUACGGUGUGCUGUUAAUGACAUCAAUACAUAUACAAAUGGUAAUCAAUGCCUUGAAUUUAUUCAAACAAUUGUCGACAAGAAGAUAUGCAUGAUUAUAUCUGGAUCACUUGGACAACAUAUUGUGCCUCGUGUGCACAAUAUGUCCCAAGUUGAUUCUAUAUUUAUCUUUUGUGGUAAUAAAAAAUAUCAUGAACAAUGGACUGAAGAUUGGCCCAAAAUAAAGGGUGUGUUCACAAAUAUUACACCCAUUUGUGAAGCACUCAACGAAGCUGCUCAUCAAUGUGAGCAGAAUGCUAUUCCCAUGAGUUUCGUGGGAACAAAUAAAAAGCUGGAUCAGUUAGAUCCUUCUUUUAUGUACACCCAGAUCAUCAAAGAAAUUAUAUUAACCAUCACAUUCAACCAGGAGCACAUCCAAGAUUAUCUUAAUUACUGUUGUGAUGUUUUUGCCGACAAUGAAGAAGAAAUGAUUAAUAUUAAACGAUUAGAAAACCAGUACCACAAGAAAACACCUGUUUAUUGGUACACUUGCCAAAUGUUUCUGUAUCCGAUGCUCAAUCGUGCAUUACGAAUGAUGGAUGGUGAUAUCAUUACACAUAUGGGUUUCUUCAUUGGUGAUCUCCAUCGACAGAUUGAACAACUGCAUAAGGAAGAAUAUACUGGUACAACUGCUGCUAACACCUUUACUGUUUAUCGUGGUCAAGGUUUAACUACAGGGGACUUUGAAGAAAUAAGCAAAACUAAAGGUGGUCUUGUUUCAUUCAAUAAUUUCUUAUCUACUAGCAAAGUUCGCAAUAUUUCACUAUGUUUUGCUCAAAAGGCUGCAAGAAAUCCAGAUCAAGUGGGUGUACUUUUUAUUAUGAAAGUUAAUCCUGCUCAAUCAACAACACCAUUUGCGUCCAUUGCUGGUAUUAGUAAAUUCCAAAAGGAAGAGGAAGUCUUAUUUUCGAUGCAUAGCGUGUUUCGUAUCCAGGAUAUAAAACAGAUGGGUGGAAAUAAUCGUUUAUAUGAAGUUAGUUUGACACUGACUGCUGAUAAUGAUCCAGAACUAAGCAGACUUACUGAUUAUAUUCGAAAAGAGAGUUAUCCAGAUUCUGGAGGAUGGUACAGACUGGGUUUGGUACUAUGGAAAAUGGGUCAAUUUGACAAAGCUGAAGAUAUCUAUCAAGCUUUACUUGAUCAAACCGAAGAUGAUAAGAACAAGGCAUAUAUUUAUGUUCAUCUUGGUAUGAUCAAAGAUGAACAAGGAAAAUAUGAAGAAGCACUUACACUGUAUAAAAAAUCACUUGCUAUGUAUCAAAAAACUCUUCCUCCAAACCAUCUUAAUUUGGCUUCUUCCUACAACAACAUUGGUAAUGUGCAUUAUAUCAUGGGUAAUUAUCCAAAAGCACUUUCAUCUCAUGAAAAAGCCCUUGAAAUUCGACAACAAUCACUUCCACCCAAUCAUCCUGAUUUGGCUACUUCCUACAACAACAUUGGUAUAGUGCAUAAAAACAUGGGUAAUUAUCCAGAAGCACUUUCAUCUCAUGAAAAAGCUUUUGAAAUUUGGCAAAAAUCACUUCCACCCAAUCAUCCUGAUUUGGCUGCUUCCUACAACAACAUUGGUGCAGUGCAUAAUGACAUGGGUAAUCAUCCUAAAGCACUUUCUUAUUAUGAGAAAACUCUCGAAAUUGAUCAACAAUCACUUCCUCUCAAUCAUCCUGACUUGGCUAAGUCCUACGGCAACAUUGGUAAUGUGCAUCAUAACAUGGGCAAUUACUCAAAAGCCCGCACAUUCUAUGAACGUGCUGUACAAAUUGCACAACAAUCAUUACCUCCAAAUCAUCCUCAUCUUGAAAUAUAUAAAAAUAACCUGGAACUUAUAAAAAAUAAAUGA